AACAAGCAGAGCUUCCCCAUCAAUAAAGGUUGUUCAAAGAAACACUGUGACGUCAAAAGACACAAUGGCAGCCAGUGGUUCAGCCGUGACGGUCCUAACUCCAAAUGGAAGACGACAGACCGUUAAAGUGUCCCCAAACACAACGUUAUUACAGGUGCUUGAGGAGGUCUGCAAGAAGCACGGAUUCAACCCCGACAAUCACGGUUUGAAGUUUCAGAGGACUGUUCUUGACCUGACGCUGCAGUGGAGAUUUGCCAACCUGCCCAACAACGCUAAGCUAGAAGUGGUGCCUAGUACAAGGACACAGACCGCAUCUGAUUGUCAGGUGCGGAUUGCGCUGCAGAUGGAGGACGGCUCUCGUCUUCAGGGUUCCUUUUCUUGUGGGCAGAGUCUUUGGGAACUGCUGACACAUUUUCCACAGAUCAGCUUGUCAGAGCUGUCUGGGUCCACUCCUGUGUGUGUUUACAUGAGAGAUGAGGUGUGUGGCGAAGAGGCCCUCAAAAAGGCCACUCUGAAGUCUUUAGGCCUUACUGGUGGAAGUGCUAUUGUUAGGUUUUUGCUGAAAAGGGAAAAAGCACCAGGAGAAGAUUGUAUGGACACAACUGAAGUUACUCUUGUGCCAGUUCCCCCUGCUGUCAAUGAAUGCCCCAAAAGCUCAGCUUCUCAGCUUGAUCCUAUUCCUUCACGUUCUGAAAUCUCAGUGUCACACGAGACUGCUAAAAACUCUAACCCUGCUCAGUUAAGAGAAACUGUACCCGUUCUCACUCCUGUUUCUUCCACUAGUACACUUCCUGUUCAACAGGAAGGUGUUCAAAAAAUCCAGGAUACAGUUCUAUCCAAGGCUCUUCCUGUAGUAAGAGAAAUGCCAGAAACUUGUGGUGAGGAAGCAGGGCCAUCAGGGCUGAACUCCCAAUCAUCAUCAUCAUCAUCAUCUUCUGAUCCUGUGGUGCCAUUCAUUCCUUUUUCUGGAGGGGGACAGCGCCUCGGCGGUCCUGGAGAAAGUGCAGUUGGACGCACACUCUCCUCGUCUUUAUCGUCUUCAUCACUGUCAAUGUCUGCCAUAGAAUCCCCCAAAGCCAAGAAAGCCAAGCCUUCCCACAAUUCUGCCACCAAGCAUCAACCCACUGCCAAAACGUCAGAGGAGAUUAUGGAUGGAGCUGUAAAGUUCUUGGAGCCAGUGGAAAGAGAGCCUCUUAUCUACCACCUGGAGCGCAUGUCACAUGGCUCUAAAGAUGACGUGGAGCUGCCAGAUGAGUUCUUUGAAGUGACCAUGGAUGAUGUACGCAAGCGUUUUGCCCAGUUAAAGAGUGAGAGGAAAUUGUUGGAGGAGACACCACUAAUGACUAAAACUCUACGAGAAACACAGAUGAAGGAGAAGAUGGACAGAUACCCCAAAGUGUUGUGCUGAGGAUUCCAGUUUCCAGAUCGACACGUUCUACAGGGUUUCUUCAGGCCCCUCGAGACAGUUGGGGCUUUAACAAAUUUUGUAAGGAGCCACUUGGAGGAUCCAAACCUCAGUUUCUACCUCUUUUUCACUCCCCCGAAAAAAAUUCUGGAUGAUCCUGCUGUCACACUUUUCGAGGCCAACCUGUUUCCUGGUGCUCUGGUGUACCUCGGCUCAGACGUGAAGACAGAAUUCUACUUAAAGAGGGAACUUCUCAAAUCUUCUGUCUCGGCUUUGCAAGCAAAUGAAUCCAUUGCAAGCUGCAUACUCCAGUCAACAAAACAUUCUCCCAGUUCCUCAGACACUGAAGAACCGCUUCCUCCUCCGGAGCCAACUGCUGACACCUGUGCAUCCACACAGGACAAUCAAAACCAACCGUCAACAAACACCCAGACUGCGAAGCCCAGCAGAUCUGAUGUAGGCAAGGUGCCCAAGUGGCUCAAGCUUCCAGGUAAGAAAUAAGACUGACGGUGAGAAGUGCAACCAAGCCAGAUGUCUGACACUCAAUGCCUUGCACUUCGACCUCAGCUUUGUGACUGCUGCGCACUUAAAUUCAACUUGAAAGAUGCCUCUCACUUUGAACUGUGUGAGGUAAUGAAUGGCGGAGUGAAGAAUUAAUAUUUGAAGAGAAGACAGAUGUAAUUUCAGUCUGGUUGAUCUGUGUGAAGAAAGACUUCUGGAUGUCUUUUAUUCAACACAACUUAAGAAUAGUUCAAUAAUUAAAAAAAAUGCUGUUUGAACAAUAUGUGAUAUAUUGUGUUGAAUACUGAUUUUUUUUUUUUUUUUUUAUGACUACAUUUUAUUGGACUUUUGUUGGCAAACUGGUUGUUGUUUUCUACCACACACUGCCAUUAAGCAUAGGCAUACAUUUAAUUUACUGUCAUGACAAUUGUUUCUGUGAUUGACUUUUAGGAUGUAAGGCAUGGGUGGUGGGCCACGUUGUAGUUAUAGCUGCACUGACGGGGAAACAACAUAAAUGUAUAAUCUCUAGAUUGAAUGUCUAGAAUUAAAUCAAUCGUUUCUUAUAUUUAGGAAAUGAACAAUGCAGACAAGUGCAACACAAUAAGAACAGGGCAAAGCUAUAACAUCUUUCCUCAUCUCCAUCAGAAGAGCCAGGCAGAGGCUGGAUAAAAGCUGCUUAAAGUUGCAAUUGUACUGCUCGAGCUUUGACAUCUGGUAGCCAGGAUCUGAGGUUCACUGUUUGUUUGUAUACUUGGCAUGUGUAAUUACCUAUGUUCCAUGUGGGAACCCUAUUAACCACCCUUUCAUAUUACAUAAUCCUCCUUGCAUUUGGUUAUCAUUUUUAUAGCUAGUUUUGAACAGAAGAUGAGGUAAAAUUGUGGCAGGGUUUCUUGGGCCACAUAAAACGAUGUGGAGUGCCGGAUCUGUCCAGCGGGCCUUGAGUUUUACACCUGUCAGAAGUCACUGCUAAGACCACAGGCUCUUCCUAGUUACUCAAAGAAACAUCCAUCGCACUUUGUUGCACACUGUUGGUAUCAAGGUUUUUUCCUGGGUAGCAAUUUUAGACUUUUUUUUGUUUGUUUGUUUGUUUCAAACAAUUUGUAGGAUUGUCAUUGCCAGUUGCAGUAGCACUGUUAUUUGAAUGAAAAAUUCAAAGUUGCUGUUACCUUUUUGUGUGUGUGUGUGUGUGUGUGUGUGUUUUCUUUCAAACAUGAUUUUGGUGGGGUACAUAUAAAUUUACAGACGUUUUAAAGCUGCAGUCAUGGGUAAAUGUGGGACUACACUCUAUAGGACACCUGCAGGUGGAAACAGAGCUGAGGACAGACAUCACAAUGCAAAGUGCUCAUCAGAUGCGAGAAUGGUUUCGACAAGGAGGUUAGAACAAGCACUUCUUCAGAAACCGUUCAUCAAAGUGACAUUUGGACUAAUCUCUGAUUGUGCACAUGGUUUGAAUAUAUACCACAGUUUCCCUAUUGUACGACUACAUAUGGU